AUGGAUGAUGGGUUUUCGGUUUUUCCGCAUACCCCGUACGACACGGGCGUCACUGCCUGUUUGGUGCUGUCGGCUUUGUUCGCCUUCCAAUUUGUCAGACAACUCGUCCGACUGUUGCCCGUUCCGUUUUCCGUUUGUAUACUGGGCGAUUGUUACGUGUUCCGAUGGCAGAAUCUGAUCGUCUCGUGGUUCCAUGCGCUCAUUACCGGAAUCAGCGCUUCCUCAUGCUUAUGGUUUUACUGGGAAAGUAUGUUCGAGGAUAUGAUGCAUUUUGUCAACUGGCACAGUUUCUGUGUAUGCUGCUUCGCCACCGGGUAUUUUUUGUACGACACCCUCGAUAUAGUGUAUGGGGGAAGACUGAAGCAGAAGUGGGAUAUUCUCCUACAUCAUUUAGCGAUUGUUCUGGCGGCUACUUACAUAAUGUUGAAUGUUCGUGCCGUCGGCUACUUCGUAUUCGCUUUAAUCGUCGAGAUGAACACCGCAUUUCUGCAUGCCCGGAAGCUGUUCCAAAUGGCCGCCUACUCACGCGAGCAUCUUGUCGUACGUGCCAACCUGAUACUGAACUUGCUGACAUUCGUUCCGUUCCGGUUCAUGCCCAUGAUUUAUCUUUCAUAUGCUUUUCGGUUCGAAAGGCACCAGAUGUCGUGGAUUUAUCAGAUCUACCUGUUGUUGAGCAUCUCGAUCUUGAACGUCAUCAAUCUAGUGCUGCUUUAUCGACUUCUGAACGCCGACGUACUGCCAGUGUUGCACAAAAACAACUCCUUCCUUCGUUUGGUCCCGAUUCGUUCCAAACCUAAUGAAACGUGA